AUGGUCCAGGUUCUGUUAAAGCAUAGCCUUUUAAUAAUACCGACCAUAAAGGAAUCCGAGCAGUGUUUAAUCCCGUGGGCAUUUGUGCACAACAAUCAGCUCUACUACAUCAGAAACCCACGCACCCUGCCACACGAAGUGAUCAACGUGACGGCUCCCCUUUAUACCGAGGGCAUUCUCUAUGGCUUUGCUGGUUUCCUCUACGAAGAGGAGAUCCUGGGCACUAGCAAGACCUAUUGGUGGAGUCCGGACAGUUCAAAACUCGCUUUUACAGCCAUUGAUGAGCGUAACGUGUCAAAGACGAAGCUGUUCUUCUAUGAAGUCGAAGGAAAGCUGGAUGGUGAGGUGAAGGAUCACAGUUACCCAAAGAGGCGUGAAUACGGACUGGCGGCGCCUAGCGAAGUUGCGGGUGGCGUGGUGGCGGCAGUAGCCGUCACGCCCUCGUCUGUCUAG